UUGUUAGUUGCUUGUUAAAGAACUAUAUAAACUUUUUUAAUUCUGUUGAAAUGUUUAAAUUAGCUAAUAUCAUGUCUUCUCCCACCAGUAUAACCACCUGUUCUGGUUCAGGGACCGGUUUCAAUGAUGUACCAAACCUAGAUCCAGAAUUGUAUAACCUGAACUGGAUGAAAUCUAUACCUGAAAGAACUUCAGUAUCUGCUAUCUCCAUUCCUGGAACACAUGAAAGCUUAACAUUACAUGGAGGACCACUUGCCAAAUGUCAAGUUUGGACCUUAAAAGACCAACUUAAUGUGGGAAUACGGUAUUUUGAUGUGCAUGUUGGGAUUUGGCUGCCCACCCAAAACCAUAUUUACAUCCGGGAUAGACACUGGAUGUUUUCGCAACACAUUCAAUUUGAUGAAGUCCUAAGGACGGUUUCAGAUUUCCUCACAGUCCACAGUACUGAGACUGUGCUGAUGAAAGUUACACUACAAGGGUUAUACAAGAGGAAAGUGGAAGAAGAACUUCUCAAAAAAUUAAUUCAAAAAUUCAAAAAGAAGAUAUGGAAUAAGUUGUCUGUACCAAACAUGGAACAGGCAAGGGGCAAGAUUGUUUUUCUCCAGAGUAACAUGUUCAAUGCUGGAACAUUAAAUCAUGAAUCAUUUUUCAUUAAAUAUAACAAGCUAAUCAAUGUUGAAGACAAAAUAAAGCAAAUCAAGCCACACCUCUGUGACCAUCACAUUGUAUUGACUGACAGUGAAGCAUCAAGGUUUGAAAGUCCUAAAAAUGUGGCCAAAAAAGUUAACACACAGCUUAAAAACUUGGUUGUAAAACAUAAGAAAAACUCCUUAAAUCAAGGUUGCUUAGGUGUCGUAAGCAUGGACUUCCCCAGUGCUGAUCUUAUUAAAAACAUCAUUCAACUAAAACCAUGUAAUUGUGGUAAAGGUAAAGAAAAAGGACAAAGACCUGAUGUAGACAUGCCUGUACCGGAAACUACACCUGAAGCAUUAUCGACAUCUGGGAAGGAUCCUGAACCAACACUAGAAACAGACCUUGCCCCAGAAUCACCAACAUCUCCGCAGGAUUCAGAAUUAACACCUGAACCAGAAAAUCCAACAUCUAAACAUAAACCCGAACCAACAGCUGCACCAGAAUUACCAACAUCUGGGCAGGAUAUUGAACCAACAGCUGAACCUGUAUCACCAACAUCUGGGCAUGAUCCUCAGCCAACAGCUGCACUG